AUGCUUGCGGCUCUUGGGUUCGCUCCUUCGACUGCUGACCCGUCGCUGUUCCUGCGCACCGACACUUCGUUGCCGUCGUUCUACAUCCUCGUGUACGUCGACGACUUGGUCUUUGCCACUGCUGACACUGAGGCUCUCGCUCAGGUGAAGUCGGAGCUGCGGAAGAGACACACGUGCACAGACCUGGGUGAGCUGCGCAGCUACCUUGGCUUGCAGAUCACCCGGGACAGAGCACGCCGCACCAUCACACUGACUCAGUCACACAUGGUGCAGCAGGUCCUUCAGCGCUUCGGCUUCUCCUGGUCCUCCCCACAGGCCACUCCUCUGGCUACAGGUCACUCGCUCUCAGCUCCACCUUCGGACGAGUCCGUAGUGCCGAGUGGUCCCUACCCAGAGCUUGUUGGCUGCCUCAUGUACCUGAUGACCUGCACUCGACCUGACCUCGCAUACCCUCUUGGCCUUUUGGCUCGUUACGUGGCUCCUGGCAGGCAUCGAAAUGUACACAUGGAUGCUGCCAAGAGGGUGUUGCGCUACCUGUGCAGUACAUCAGGCAUGGGGCUCGUGCUUGGAGGACGGAGUGAGGUGGUCCUCACUGGGCACUCAGACGCGUCUUGGGUUGACGACCAGACUACACAGCGGUCGUCGCAGGGUUACACCUUCAGCCUUGGCUUUGCUUCUGUUUCUUGGCGGUCUACAUGCUCAUCUUCUGUUCUCAGCUCCAGUUGUGAGGCUGAGAUCUACGCCACCGCCAUGGCUGCACAGGAGGUACGCUGGCUCACCUACCUGCUGACUGACCUGGGUGAGCGGCCUCGUUCUCCUCCAAUUCUGUACGUUGACAACAAGGCAGCCAUUGCCUUGUGUGAGGAGCACAUACUGGAGCACAGAACAAAGCACAUCGCUCUGCGUUACUUCCUGGCUCGAGAGUUACAGCAGCGAGGUCAGCUUCGUCUUCGUCACGUGGCCACUCGGGCCAACACUGCUGAUAUAUUCACCAAGGCACUUCCGUCUGGUGAUCAUCAGCGCUUUUGUACCUACGUUUCCACACUUGCUGUAGUCCUUGCUUGUACUGUGAUCUAUAUAUAUACCUGCUUGCUGGCUCUUGCUAGGUAG